AUUCCAGAAGGGGCGUGAGCGGUGACGUCAUCCGUCGCAACAGACUCCCGUGGGUCGGCUGGGCCAAUCGGGUGUCCGGACGGCGCGAGGAGGGGCGUGGCUAUGGCUCCAGGCUGGAUAGAUGUUACCUCGAAGGUUUAUUCGCUCUCACAAGUAUCUCUUCCGCAGUCAGGCUAAGUACUGUAGGGUGAAUCCGAGAGUGUUCGGCGCGGCGACUCAGGCUAGGCCUAUCUGCCGCCGCCCAGUGUCACGUGGUGGUUUUGAUUAACGUGAUUUUUCCAAUGAGAUCCACAUGUCCCGUUCCAAGUGACUGAUCGCUGUGUGUGUGUAAUCCGUUUGUAAAAUCCUCCCCCCCCACACCCCCCCUCCCGACUGCCAACCGACCGCCGAACCCGACCCCCGCCCGACCGACAAGCCCGCGAAACGCCCGACCAACCAAACUGGCGUCGGCGGAAACAGCCACCAUGCCCGACCAGGACCUGGCCUCCAAGUACAUGGACCUGCCGCAGCAGGGGCUGGCGAGCAUGGCCCACACGCCGCCGUACGCCCAGCCCUUGGGCUACCAGCAGGCGCCCACCCCAGGCUACAACCCGCCCGGCUACGGAUUCCCGCCCAUGUACCCGCAGAGCUCCUACCCGGGCUACCCCAUGAGCUCCUACCUCACGUCCCAGUGCCCCUCGCCCUCCGUCGACG